AUGGCCGCAAAACAUCUCAGCCAGAGCGGGCUCGAGGUGGUCAACACCGACAUGCAGGGUCUUCAAGCCGUGAACAACGCCGACAGCGACGGGAGAAUGUACAACCCCAACAGCCACCACCAAUCUUACCCGGACCAUUGGGGAAAGACGGAUCGUUCGACAGUCGCGACGCCGAUCCCGUCAGAAUACAAGCAGACGCCCGCAUUCGCGCCGGCCGAGCUUUACCACGCUCCGCCGCAUGCACCGGUACCGGCGCACUCGUCCGAGCCCAAGAGGGGCAAGCCGGUCCCCUUUGGUCUCAACCCCUGGGUCUUUGCUGCCAUCGCGGCCCUGAUCGGAAUGAUCGUCAGCGGUGCUGUCGUCGGUGGCGUUUUGGGAGCGCAGUUGGCGUCAAGCCCAUCGUCGCAAGAAACACCACAACAGACAGUAGUGGCGGCGCCCGGCCAGAGCACAACGCCGACGCGCGACAACACGCCGCAGCCCGCAUCGGGCACGUCGUCGUCGUCCUCUCCGCCGACGGCCCCGACGGUCGCGCUGGACAACUACUCGGUCGCGUCGCCCAGCGAGGUCAAGAUGCUGCGGUGGGACUGCCCGCGGAUCGACAAGUCGUCGCUCCUGUCGACGUUUGACAAGAAGCGCUUCGACGUCGAGUGCGGCGUCGACUCGCAGGGCGCGGGGGCCGAGGCGCCGGGCGCCCUGUCCGUCAUCUCGGUGCACUACGCCUACAGCCUCGAGGCGUGCCUGGACGCGUGCGCCGUCAUGAACAAGAGGUCCGUCGACGGCGGCCGCGACCUCAAGUGCCGGCUCGUCGUCUUCCACGCCGCCAUGAGCGACAAUGUCGACAAGGGCGGCAACUGCUUCCUCAAGAACGCCACCAGGGCCCAGGGGAACAAUGGCAACAGCAACGCCCGGCUGCUGACGGCCAGCUUGGUUGAAUGA